AUGCAAUCGAGAGCUCGGCCUUUAUUGACUGGGUUUCCUCUUCCAAGGACCUUCCUGGACUCGCUCUAUGCUUGCAAGGAAAACCCAAAGUGCAUCAUCAACGUAAACCUAGACGACAAGGUCAAGGUCCCCACCAUUCAACUCGUAUACAGGGACAAGAAACAAAUCUCGAUAGAUUCGUCAACCCUGAGUGCUGCAGAAAUCGUAAAGGAUAUUAGGACUCACUCCAGGAAAUUGCAAAUGGCUGAGGAUAUAAGUGCCUCAUAG